GCAUUUCCCAUCCAGAUUCUUGGAGAAUGAAAAUAUCAGGCUUAAUGAAGGCGGGGCAUUCUCCACUGCAUAUAAGCAUUCCAUGGCUAGCAAGUUGCAGGCCUACACAGACGUCAACGGGCCGCGCCAUGUGGUGGAGUAUGACUCCUUCGGGCGUAUGAGGCAAUUCAGCCAGGGGAAGCUGGAGGUUUCUUUCUUCUACGAUGAAGUAAAUCGCUUAUCAGAAAGCCAAGUACAUGAUGAGGGGGGGCAGCAGCAGCAUAACUACGCGUCUAGCCUACGACGAUUUUGGCCGGGAGACGGAACGUAUCGUCCUCCAGGCCACAAGGGCUUUAUAUCGAUUAACACAGUCCUAUGGGAGGACUAGUUUAGUAGAGACACGCCAUCUUGAGGAUGACAAAGGAAAGUUAUUACGAGACGAGACCUUUGAAUAUGACGAAAAUAAUCGUCCGGUCAAUUACACGUGCCAGGGGAAUUUGUCACCUACUGAUGAGCACGGGCGGCAGCUCAAAAGCCAGCGCUUCACUUUUGAUGCCUACGAUAAUCUCGUAGAGGCUGUGACAGGCUUUCAGGAUGGCAGCCAAAACACUGCUAGUUAUUCGUUCAGCAGCCGAGAUCCAACUCAGCUGACCGCGGUGACUAACUCCAAUCCCGAGCUGCGACCGCGAAUCGAACUUGAGUACAAUGCCAAUGGCUGCCUGACCCGGGACGAACAAGGCCGCUCUCUGGAGUAUAACAGUAGAAGUCCUUUGAUGGUAGUACGCGAUAUGGGCGGUGACAUCAUAAGCCAGUACCACUACGAUACCGCCGGACGGCUCGUCUGCCAGUCUGUUCCUGGACAGGCCGAUCACCAUCUGUUUUACCGAGAUAAAAAGCUCAUUGCUUCUCGGACGGGAGACCGGAAACUUAGCUAUUUAUGUGACGGCGAAGGGUACCUGGGUCAAUUUAUCCAAGACGGCGAUGGUUCUACUCAGACCCAGCUGGGGUCAUCCAACGGCUACGGCUCUGUGCUUGCCUGGAUCGAUGGACAACAGCCAGACCGGGUUCACCACCAGCAGUAUACACCCUAUGGCUCCGGCAAUAUUGGGACCUCCAUCGGCUUCAAUGGGCAGUGGCGAGACCCUGUUACUGGGUGGUACCACCUUGGCAACGGCUACCGCGUCUAUAACCCGGUACUGAUGCGUUUCCACCCGCCAGACUCGUGGAGUCCGUUCACCUCGGGCGAGAUCAACCCUUGCGCCUACUGCUUGGGUGACCCGGUCACCUGCGUCGAUCCUAGCGGCCACUGGAGGUUUCUCAAGAAAAUAGGCGCCUGGUUCAAGAGGAGCUGGAAGAUGGUGGUCGGCGCAAUCAUCGCCGUUACAGCAAGCAUCGUGGUGGGAGUCAUGACGGCCGGCCUCUCUGUAGCGGCCCAGAUAGGGGCGAGCACUGCAGCCGGGGCUGUGGUCGAAGCUGGCUGGGGUGUUGCGAGCAACGCAAUCGACGGCAAUCCUAUCACCUUUGGCUCGGUCUUUAAAGAUGCCUUGGUUGGUGGUCUCGCCGGGGUCUUUACCGAGUCUGGUGUGCGUGCCAUGACCGGGGGUUCAAGGCCUUCAAAUCGGCCACCAAGGGAGCUUUCCAGGGGCUCGCUUUCUCCAAUACAGCCGUCGCUCUCGUCAUGGCAUUGGCGACAGGAUCAUGGCCGUUGUUCGAGUCGCUCGUACCGAGUCCCGAGGAGAUAGCUUUUGUCCGGUCCGGCAACUCGGGUCUGGGCGAUAUAGGGUCUUCGACGGCGAGAGACACAAUCCGGCCCGCGCUCAAGAACAGCGACAGCAACGACCACAGCGGCUUCCCGAUGGCGGAACCCGGUUCUACUUCGUUCCUGAGCUCCGGCGGGGGAGAGGCGGUCGCGGAUGUGCUGAACUUGGAGCUCAGAUGCGUAUUCCUCUCGGCGCGUUCGUCGCAGUACAAGCGGCAGGACGCGGGCAACAGUUGCCUUGAUAUCCUUGAAUAGAUGAGGAGCACCAUUCAGAAUCUUAGACUGGACAUACGGGGGCUGGGGCCUGCAGAUUUGAAAAUAAUACGCAAGUAGUUAGUUGACAAGUCAACUUGUCGAUUUUUUCUAAUCGUUUAGACCAACUGCCACUAUACUAUAUAAUUACCAAUCUAACAAUGGGAGAGUUGGUAACAAUAACAAAGCUAAAG